AUUCAUGUUACUAUGGGGAACAAAACCACUAACGACGAGAACAAUUCCGGCGUUUCCUAAAUUUCUCAAAAAUUCUCAGACAUGGCGUCCGACGUGGAAGAUGCCGGAGCUCCGGAAAACCAUCCAAACAAACGGGUCAAAACCCUAACCCUAAAUUCACCUGAAUCUCCACCGUCCUCAUCCGACAAAGGCAAAUCGAAGCUGGAACAUUCGGAUUGUGAAGAGGAACAGGAAUGCUGUGGAAUUUGCUUGAAUGAAAGUGGAGAUGGAACGACAAUUAUACGAGGAUGUAUCGAUAGUUGCGAUCAUUACUUCUGCUUUGUAUGUAUCAUUGAGUGGUCUAAAGUUGAGUCGAAAUGUCCCAUGUGUAAACGCCGUUUCUCCACCAUUCGUCGACCUCCUAAACCUCCCGUUUUCCCCUCCGAACGCGUUGUUAAUGUACCUGUCCGCGAUCAGGUUUAUCAUUGUCAUGGAAAUGCAACAACUGGACCACAGGAUCUAUAUGCGGAAGCGCAAUGUAACGUGUGCCACAGCUCGGCCGAUGAGAGUCUUCUUCUGUUGUGCGACCUUUGUGACACUGCUUACCAUACUUACUGUGUUGGCCUUGGUGCUACUGUUCCUGAGGGUGAUUGGUUUUGUGCAGACUGCUCACUUUUGAAGGCUGAACAGGCCCAGAGUGAGAUCCAAUCAGAUUGCUAUACACAAACGAGUUUCACUGACCCCAAUUCAGCAGAAUCAACAAGGCAUUUAUCUAUAUCUGAUAUUGUACGAGACUCCUAUGGUGAUAGUGUUGAAAGCGCUCCAACUGGCUCUUUGAAUGCUUCCGACAGUUCAUCUCAUAUUGAAUUUUUUAGGCAAAGUACUUCUCGAAGCCGCUCGAUUAGGUUGGGGUCUGUAGGAAAUAAUGGACUCACCACUAAGUUCAAUGCCAGAACACUGGGGCAUUGCCGCAAUGUCCAUGAUAGGAUACGCGCAAUGCGCGAACAUUGGAAUGGUUUUCGAAGUGGAUCCUUGAGGUUUCCUUCUAGCAAAGUGAGUAAUGCUAGUAUUGCUAAACUAAAUCCAGUGCGUCGCAGCUGUUCUGGUGAACAACCUUUAGUAUCUUGCUCAAGUCAACCAAUGAAAUCUCAGCCUUCCAAUCAAAGUAGGCAGGACACUAAAGGGUCAAUAGAGGUGGAGAAGGCAUGGAAAAUGAUGAAUAUGGCUAAGGCGAUGGAACGAAAUAGUGACAAGAACAAAAGUUAUGGUCAGGCAUCAAAACAAAUAGUUAAGAAAAAUACUAGCUGCAAAGAAGCCGGUGAAUUGAGCUCAAGGUCUGUCUCACUAAAGAUUGAACAGCACCAGCCUACACAUAUUCAAAAUGUUGGACCAGGUAGUGAUUCCGAGAGUCAUGUUUGUAAGUUGGAUAUUAAAAAAAAAGGUGCUUCAGGUGUAUAUAGAGGUUCCUCAACGGUAUGCAGACCAUCAAAUAGUGAACUUGUAUCUUCUAAGGAGUCUCAGACUUCACUUCAGCCAGAUGUCUAUCGUGCGAACAAUGGGCUACCACAGAAGAAUAAGUUGUGUGGUGGGUCCACACACUUGACUUCUUCUAUCAGGUCGACAUCAAUUGCAACUACUGUAGGCUAUAACAAAGAGAUCAGUUCUUCCUCGAAUGGCACUGUGAAUCCCCCACAGGAGAAACUCAAGGUCGAAACGAGUGGCACUAAGAGAGGAGUUGAGGUGGAAUCUGAUGCUAAGACUGAAAUCCAAUCUCUUGUGAAGCUAAACCUGAAAAUCCUGUGCAGAGAUAAAAAGCUCGAAGUUGACACAUUUAAGAAAGUUGCAAGGCUAUCCACUCACUCCAUCUUAGCUGCAUGUGGCCUGGAGCACAAAACACCUGGUAUUUCUUCCCUUCCAGAAUGUGUGUGCGUCCAUGGCGGGGAAGAUAAGGAACUCAGGAGAUCUACUCUAAUGCCUAAAUCAUGCCGAGAAUGUUUCUUUUUAUUUGUACAGAAUGUGGUGAAUACCAUACUGCUAGAAAACAGCUGAGGAUUGGUACAUUUUUAUUUAAGGCCAUACAAUUAGGGGAUGUUGGUAGAUUGCAAAACAAUUAGACAGUUGCCUGUACUUCUUCAGGGGAUAUAUAGGUCACCAUUCGACCAUCGAUAAAUUAGUUCAAGGGAUAUUUAUCAUUUUAAUGGGUUAUACUGUGUCCUAUCAUAUUUAUGAAAAACUCAUUUCGUUUGUCAAGUUA